AUGGAUAUUAUAACAGCAUUCAUUAUAUGUCUCGAAUGUCUUUUCAACAUUCGUGCAUCCAGUAUAGGACAACCUGUUUAUCCUAUAACGGCUUCCCUUUUCCUAGACAGAACGGAAGUUUCGGAGUGGAACGAAACUUUGGACCAAUUUCAAAAACAAGAUGGCGACACUGUGUGGCUAGAAGCGCCACCACUGGUUCGCCGCUCAAAGGAAGACUUACAAAAUGACCCAGUUUUCAAAUGGUGCAUAGAGCAUGACAAGGAUACAGCGGCUGAGGUUGAUUGUUUUACGCAUGCGCAACAGGAACUGACUAAUCACGGUCUUAAUAUAAUUUCUUUUGCAAGUUACCAGUACGAAGAAGACUUCAGCAAAGUUAUUGUCAAAUGCCCAAAGUAUGACAGGAAGAUUACGACAGAAUAUACAUAUUUUCGCAUUGUUUUGCCUGGUAAACAAGAUGGUGGUUCAUGUGAAUUUAAUGGGAUGGAUAUUGUUGUCCUCUUUACAUCUUUUUCUGGACCUGAUGCUCAUGAAAUUUUACUUGAAAGUGCCUCCGUGAGAAAUAUAUCUGUCUACUUCGGAGUGCCGCGCCUUCCAAGAAGCUGGGAAUAUGGAAACAUUGAUAAAGAGUUGCUGCCUGCAUAUUUUGAAUGGGUACGAAGAGUUAUGGGAGAUCAUAAAUCUAGAUACUCUAACAAGACUUUGGAAUUAUAUUCUUCGUAUUCAGCAGUACCCAGUAAACCUAUUCGAAUCCCACUUUAUAGAACACUCAAAGGAUAUUAUAUAUCUGAUGACGUCAACCUGGGUACUGUUGAUAGAUAUGGAGACAUGCUGAUGAUAUACGCUUCCUUGGUUUCAAUUGCAAAACAAGAAGUGUGUAAAUCAUUGAAAUUGGCUAUUGCGCCUUCGAUAGAUAUGACAACUUUUGACCAGAAUAGAACAGUAAUGGAUCAUGUUACCGGAUUUGGAUACAUUGUUGAAACACAUCUAGAUGUAAUAGCAGUGCACGAAGGCCGAGGUUACGGGAAGGCGCCCUAUUAUUGGCCGACACAAGCCAAUCAACCUGUAAAAAAAAUAGAUCCGACAUUGGAUAAGAUUCUUCAGCAGAUAAAUCCGAACUGGAAAGAAAAUGGAACGUUCAAGGAAUGGUUCACUGGGAGUAUUUACGAGCUGUUUCAGGCACUUGGAAAUAAAACCACGGAAUUAAAAAAGCAACACAACACCCUUGAACUUUGGCUAGGACUGGAGGCAUUUGAUGAUUUGAACGACGACCCUUGCAUACCACUCACUAGUUAUAGCAAGACUUCGGUAAUGGACACUGUAAACAAGAAAAGAUUGGACUUUGCCUUGUCACAGGGCGCUGCUAAGGUCCAAAAAGUGAUUGCAUUUUCGUGGGACCCUGAUUUUACAUGCACCACAAAGAGACAUAACGUGACAUUGUCAGACAGCAUCAUACAGGACGCAAAAAGGCCCAUUAUAUUCGAGUGCCGUUUUCAUUCCCCACAGAAUGCUUCAGUUGUUGUGAUUGGUAUCAACAUCAUGGGCUCAGGUUUUCAAAUCGAUUGGGCGGAUAAAGAUGGCCGACGCCAUCAGGCUACAGCUUAUGGUUGUUAUAUAGAGGGGGACUAUGGUCAUUAUCGUCCACUGAUUCCCUCCCUGGAGUACGUCCAGGCCUGUGAUCCGUGGGACGACACUCAACUUUCAUAUAAAGGCUACGUCAAAGUGAAAGCACUAGAAGGAUACCAAGAAUGCAUAUUCGAAUACGACUUUUCUGAAUUUUUAAACAAUUAAAUGGUCCUCU